AUGAAGCUCUCCUCCGUCUCUGUUUCUUUGCUGUCUGGGAUCAAGAAAGAGGAUAGAGCGCGGAGGAUUUUCUCUUCUCGUUGUGUGGAGAAUUUUUGUAGUAAUGAACGGCCUUUCAAAUGUUUCUCACUUCUUCAUUUUGAUGCUGAAGACAACGAAAAGCAAAUAACCUCGCUUUCAGUUGCCAAGGAUGAAAAACAUGCCGCAAAAUCAGAUAAAGAUAAGAAGAAAUGUAAAUUGUCAGGGAAAACCAGAAAUCUGAAAAUUGAUAAAGUAAAUGAAGAUAGCCUUCCAUCGUCUUCAGAUGCCUACAAAAAGCCCCUUGUGUGGAUUGACUUGGAAAUGACAGGUUUGAAUAUUGAAGUUGAUCAGAUAUUGGAGAUUGCUUGUGUUAUAACGGAUGGUAAACUAACCAAACAAGUGGAGGGUCCAGAUUUGGUUAUUAGCCAGACGAAGGAGUGCUUGGAUAACAUGGGCCAAUGGUGUCGAGACCAUCAUGCAGCUAGUGGUUUGACUGAGAGAGUGCUACGGAGUACUAUUACUGAAAAAGAUGCAGAAAAACAGGUUAUAGACUUUGUGAAGAAACAUGUACGUUCGGGUACACCACUUUUAGCUGGAAAUUCUGUAUAUGUGGACUUUUUAUUCUUAAAGAAAUAUAUGCCAAAUCUGGCAGCUAUCUUCCCACAUGUACUUGUUGAUGUUAGCAGCAUCAUGGCUUUAUGCAUCCGUUGGUUUCCUAAAGAAAAGCAAAGGGCACCUACAAAGAAAAAGAAGCAUAGAGCUAUGGAUGACAUCAAAGAAAGCAUAAGGGAACUCAAAUACUACAGAGCAAGCAUUUUUAAAAGCACCAAAUAAGUCCAAACGGUAAUUAACAUGAGAUGCUGUACUGUGAUACCUGAUUGUGAAGGUUCUAUUUAAGUCAACAUUGGAGGGGAAGUUUUUGCUUGAAAUAAGUCUCGUUGGAAGGCAUUGGUUCUGUUAGGCGAAUGAUUCAACUUACCAUGGAAUUCCUACUGAUCAGUUGCUGACUGGGUGGUGUGUUGCGGGAUCCCUCUCCAUUGUUCUUUUGUUGGUGCUCAUAGUAAUGGAGCUAAAGGAUUUGUUUUCAUCUGUAAA